AUUUUUUCUAUCAAAAUGUCAUUUGUAUAUCCUGGAAUCAAUAAAACAUUCGAAAAUUUUGUUCAUAAUUUAUUAAAUAUUAAUUUUAAAGAUUUUGAUAAACCUGCAAAAAAUGAUUAUAAAAAAAGACUCAAAGGCAAAGUUUUUGAAUAUUUUCUUUAUAAACUAGCAAGUCAUAAUGGAAUGAUCAUUGAAAUGAACCAAACUUUCAUUUCUCUUUCUAAAGAAAUUUAUAAAAAAUUAUCUGAUGGAUGUACAGAUCUUCAUGAUAAGCAAUCAAAUUAUGAAAUCUAUGUAUCAGAAAUCAGAGAAUUUUUGAAUACCACAAAAAGAAAACCAAAUUACCAUAUUGCAUUUUUUGUUUCUAAUGUAAAAUUAACUAAUUAUGCAAUCAAUGAAUUAGAAAAUUAUACUAGUGAUAAAGAUAAAAUUUGUAUUUGUUUGAUUCAAGAUUUUAUUCCAAAAGUUCAUGAAUAUGAAAAAAUACUUGUAAAUAAUAAGAUUAAAUUAGAACAAGAAAAAACUAAAUGCUUAGAAUAUGAAAUGGAAAAUAGAAUCUUAAAAAAUUAUAAUGAAAAAUUAGAAAAUAUAAUUAAAGAACUAGAAAAAAAACUUGAUGAUAUUAAAAAUCAAAAUGAUUUAAUUCUAAAAAUUUUAACUAAAAAAUAA